AUGUAUUGGAAAAAUGAAGUAGAUUCACAUAAUGAUCUUGUAUCAAAGGUUAUCUCAAAAUAUAUAUCUCAGCAUAUCAGGUCUAAUUUACAUGUAUAUGAUAACGAUAAAUUGAACAAGGCCGAUCGCUUUGCUGAAACGAGACCUCUACAUGAACUUUUGAACACUCGAUUCCGAGAUUUUCUACCUCACGAAGAAUGCCACUCUGUGGACGAAUCCAUAGUCCCGUAUUAUAGAGGGCAUGGUGCACAGCAGUUCAUAAGAGGAAACCCUAUUUGGUUCGGCUACAAGUUCUGGUGCGGAGAGACAAUCAGCGGAUAUCUGGCUUGGCUCCAGCCUUAUCACGGUGCCAAUAAUUUUUCCGAAAAAUAUGCUGAAGAAGGUCUUGGCUGCUUAGUUGUCAUGUCAUAUGCCGACAUUCUCCCAACAGACGUAAAGUUCAAGUUAUUUUUCGGUAACUUCUUCACUUCAAUGAAUUUGCUAGUUGAUCUGAAGUUAAGCGACUUAUUGACUACUGGCACUAUACGUGGAAAUAGAAUCAGCCAAGAUUACCCACUUACUGAUGCAGAUAAAAUGAAAAAAUUGAAAAUAGGAACUUGGGAGUGUGCUACAGAUGAGCUGGAGAAGAUUUCAUUUAUACUCUAG